GUUAUUUGAUCCCCGAGGGUUUGUUAUUGUGGUUGCAUUAGUGGCGCUGCGUUGCCAGUGCAAUCAGAAGCAGUGACAGAGCUGGGAUGGAGUGUGAGUGCAGGAACUGACCGGGACAGGUCUGAGUAGAAACCUGCAUAAUUUUCAGCACCGACAGCACUCAAUUCUCGUGGUUAAGAUGGGGCAGUGUGGCAUCACGUCGUCGAAGACGGUCCUUGUUUUUCUGAACCUGCUAUUUUGGGCUGCAGCUGGCAUCCUGUGUUAUGUUGGAGCGUAUGUCUUCAUUACAUAUGAUGAUUACGAUCACUUCUUUGAAGACGUGUACACUCUCAUCCCUGCAGUGAUCAUCAUUGCAGUUGGAGCCCUCCUUUUCAUUAUUGGACUCAUUGGAUGCUGUGCUACAGUGAGAGAGAGCUAUUGUGGACUUACGACGUUUGUCGUCAUUCUCCUGCUGGUUUUCGGGACGGAAGUGGCAGUGGUUGUUCUUGGAUACGUUUACAGAGCAAAGGUUGAAGAUGAAGUUAAUAGGUCUAUCAAGAAAGUGUAUGACAAGUAUGACGGCAUCAACAGCAAUGCCCAGAGCCGUGCCAUUGACUAUGUCCAGAGACAGCUCCAUUGCUGUGGGAUCCACAAUUACUCAGACUGGCAGUAUACACACUGGUAUGAAGAAUCAAAGAACAACAGUGUACCCAUCAGCUGUUGCAAAACUAACGUUGGAGGCUGCACAGGAUCCCUCACUCAUCCUGAAGAUCUUUACCAAGAAGGUUGUGAGGCUCUUGUUGUGAAGAAGCUGAAGGAGAUCAUGAUGUAUGUCAUCUGGGCUGCUCUGACAUUUGCUGCCAUCCAGAUGCUGGGGAUGCUCUGUGCAUGUGUCGUGCUGUGCCGCAGAAGGAGAGAUCCUGCCUACGAGCUUCUUAUUACAGGGGGCACCUUUGCAUAAAGGAGCAUAUUAAAACACUUUCAGACCGAAUGUGUCAUUGGUUAGAGCAUGAAAGUAAUCUAUUACCACACUAACAUUAAACAGACUAACCACACUAUCCACCUGUUUUUCAAACGCUAAUCACCAAAUUUGUCAGUUUGUCAAUUGGUCAAUGAGAAUAAGUUGUAGAAAGCGUUCUCGUUCCCUGAGGAUGGAAUGAAGUCCUCCAGCUUUCCAAACACAAACUUUGUUAGUAAUAUUUAGAGUCAAAUGUGGACAGGGUGAUUUCCUCAUAUGUUAGUUUGCACUAUAUGUAUGGCUUUAUAUUAUUUUAUAUUUGAAUUUGUCAUGUACUUGAAUGAAUAGCUAUAUAAUUUUACCCAAUACAUCCAUUAUCAUUACUACUACCACUACAAUACUACUGAUAUAGCUCAGUUUUAAUUAAGACUUUACCUUUCUGCAGCAUUUUUUGUCAAGAAAUAACCCAAGUUAACGGCACAGCAGGUAUUGUGUAAACUAUAUAACUUAACUGGCUUUUGCUUAUUGAAUGUCUCUUAAGAAUCAACCCUUGUAAUCCCCUUUAGUAUGCGGGAUAUUUUAUGUUGUAAUGCAGAUUCUUAACCCAAGAUCGAUUGUUGCCCUAUAGCUGUUUAGUUUGUUUUUGUCUCAGCAACCUACUGAUGGUAGUUUAGAAUUUGAUAUGUUAAAACAUACUGUAGCCGUUAUAAGAAUUGUGGAUGGAAUAAAUGAGGCGAAAGUUUGAAAUUAAA